AUGGCGCCCAUAGUCGGUGGUGCUCCACCGUUGAGGGAAGUUCGUGCCUUGCAAUUCGGCAUACUUAGUCCAGAUGAAAUCAAAGAAAUGUCCGUUACCUCUGAUGGAGGUGUCAAGUAUGCAGAAACGUUGGAAGGUGGCAGGCCGAAGCUCGGUGGACUGAUGGAUCCACGUCAAGGAUGCGUCGACCGCAACUCGAUAUGCCAGACGUGUAGCGGAAAUGUGUCCACUUGUCCCGGACAUUUUGGCCACAUUGAACUUGCUAAACCCGUUUUCCAUAUUGGUUUUAUGAAGAAGACUCUGAAGUUGUUGCGCUGUGUCUGCUUCCACUGUUCGAAAAUUCUGGUUGAUGUGGAUACACCUACAAUCCAAGAUAUAUUGCGUAAAACUAAGGGUGACAAUCGUCGUCGUAUGAUGUUUAUGUAUGAGGAAUGCAAGACGCGGUCCGAGUGCCUUCCGGGUGAAGAUUCCGCUGGUAAUGAAAACGACGUCAUGGAAAACAAAACCAAACGUGCUGGUUGUGGAAGAUAUCAACCGCGGUUCCGACGAAUCGGCCUGGAAAUGUCUGCUGAAUGGAAAAAAAUCAACGAGGAAUCACAAGAGCGCAAAAUCGCUUUGACAGCUGAACGAGUGCUGGAGGUGUUCAAACGGAUUUCCGAUGAAGACAGCAUUGCUCUGGGUUUCGAUCCCCGCUACGCUCGCCCAGAGUGGAUGAUCAUCACUGUCCUGCCCGUUCCGCCUUUAGCUGUACGUCCUGCUGUCGUCAUGUAUGGCACAACUCGGAAUCAAGAUGAUCUGACUCACAAACUGGCGGAUAUUAUCAAGGCUAAUAAUCAGUUACGCAGAGAUGAACAAAACGGCGCUGCCGCGCACAUCUUAGCCGAGGAAAUUCGUACACUACAGUUCCAUGUCACUACUCUAGUGGACAACGAUGUGCCUGGCCUUCCCAAGGCUAUCCAAAAAUCCGGUCGACCUUUAAAGUCCAUCAAAACUCGCCUGAAGGGUAAAGCUGGUCGUAUUCGAGGCAACCUGAUGGGAAAACGUGUGGAUUUCUCUGCACGUACAGUCAUAACAGCCGAUCCGAAUUUGAACUUAGACCAAGUCGGUGUUCCACGCACAAUCGCACAAAAUCUCACCUAUCCGGAAACGGUCACGCAAUUCAAUAUUGAUCAUUUGCAAAAGCUUGUCCAGAACGGUACUCUCUAUCCCGGAGCAAAGUUCAUCGUUCGCGAAAAUGGUGAUCGAAUCGAUUUGCGUUAUCAUCCUAAGGUGGCUGAUUUAACAUUGCAAGUUGGUUACGUCGUCGAACGUCACAUGCUGAAUGAUGAUUUUGUUAUUUUCAACCGACAACCAACACUGCACAAAAUGUCUAUGAUGUGUCAUCGUGUCAAAGUCCUCCCUUGGUCCACUUUUCGUCUGAAUUUGUCUGUCACCUCACCGUACAACGCUGAUUUCGAUGGUGAUGAAAUGAACUUGCACUUGCCUCAGUCGGUGGAGACAAAGGCGGAAAUCAGUCAACUGGCCCGCGUAUCCCGUCUAGUCAUCACACCCCAAGCGAACAAACCGGUUAUGGGUAUCGUGCAGGAUACACUGACUGCGGUGAAUAAAAUGACUCAGAGAGACGUGUUUCUCAAUCGAGCUGAAAUGAUGAAUUUGCUGAUGUAUCUGCCCACCUGGAAUGGCCGUAUGCCAAAACCUGCCAUUUAUAAACCACAACGAUUAUGGACAGGUAAACAACUAUUCAGUUUGGUUAUUCCCGGGCGUGUUAAUUGUAUUCGAACUCACAGCACUCAUCCGGAAGAGGAAGACAUCGGACCCUAUCGGUGGAUUUCCCCUGGAGAUACGAAGGUGAUUGUGGACGAUGGAGAUCUCAUAGCUGGCAUUCUGUGCAAAAAAACACUGGGUUCUGGUGCCGGUUCGUUGAUUCACAUUGUCGCACUGGAACAUCACCACGAACAAGUUAACAUGUUUUUCAAUAACAUCCAAACCGUCGUUAACAAUUGGCUGCUAAUCGAAGGUCACACUAUCGGUAUCGCCGACACACUGUAUGAUCAAGCCACUCGAGAACAGAUUUUUGCAACCAUCACCAAAGCAAAGGAAGCUGUGUUCGAGAUUAUUGAUCAGGCCCACAAUUAUGACCUUCAGCCGACUCCAGGGAACACACUUCGACAGACUUUUGAAAACAGUGUAAACAAAAUCCUGAAUGAUGCCCGUGACAAAACUGGUAGUUGUGCGCAAAAGUCAUUAUCCAAAUACAAUAACUUCAAUAUCAUGGUCGUUGCAGGUUCCAAAGGGUCACGUAUCAAUAUCUCUCAGGUUAUCGCCUGCGUCGGCCAACAAAACGUAGAAGGCAAGCGGAUUCCGUUUGGUUUUCGCCACCGUACUUUACCGCACUUCAUUCAAGACGAUUACGGGCCGGAGUCUCGAGGUUUCGUGGAAAACUCUUACCUUGCCGGUCUCACACCGACAGAGUUCUUCUUUCACGCCAUGGGCGGUCGUGAAGGUCUAAUCGAUACUGCUGUGAAAACUGCUGAGACUGGUUAUAUUCAACGUCGGUUAAUCAAAGCUAUGGAAUCAGUCAUGGUUAAAUACGAUGGUACUGUCCGAAAUCAAAUCAACCAGUUGAUCCAACUUCGUUAUGGUGAGGACGGUUUGGAUGCGUCACAUGUUGAGUUUCAAAAACUACCUUCAUUCAAGCCAUCCCAUGCGGCAUUUGAACAUGGUUUUCGUUUUGACAUCAAUAAUGGUCGUGCGCUGAGACGUUGCAUGCCAGAAGAGGUAGUCCGCAGUCUGGCCACGGACUCACAGACACAAGCUGAACUAGAUGCCGAGUGGAUGCAGCUUUGUGCUGAUCGUGAAUCGCUUCGGGCAGUGAUUCGGAAAACCGACGACUCUGUCGUUUUACCAUGCAACAUAAACCGACUGGUAAUGAAUGCCCAGAAAAUAUUUGAAAUUGAUCCUCUAUCGAAAACAAACGUGCAUCCGCGCCAAGUCGUGGAAAUGGUCCGUGAAACUUGCAAGCGAUUAGUCGUCAUUCCCGGGGACGAUCGUUUAAGCAAAGAGGCAAAUGCUAACGCAACUUUAUUGAUUUGCAGCCUGAUUCGAUCCUCCCUUUGUGCAAAAAAGGUAAUCAAUGAGUACCGAUUGAGUUAUGAAGCCUUAGACUGGGUUCUGGGCGAAGUGCGCGCGCGGUUCCAACAAGCUCAAAUACAUCCGGGUGAAAUGGUCGGUGCAUUGGCUGCACAAUCUCUCGGUGAACCAGCCACUCAGAUGACCCUAAACACGUUCCACUAUGCUGGUGUGUCCGCUAAGAACGUCACCCUUGGUGUGCCUCGCUUGAAGGAGAUUAUCAACGUCAGCAAGAAACCGAAAACGCCGUCGAUGACUAUUUAUCUAACCGGUCCAGCUGCUCGGGACGCAGAACGCACGAAGGAUGUUGUUGCCCGAUUGGAGCACACAACUUUACGCAAAUUAGUCAACAGCACCUAUAUAUACUACGAUCCAGAUCCGAAAAACAGUGUAGUCGAAGAGGAUCGAGAAUGGGUGUCCACCUAUUAUGAACUUCCAGAUUUCGAUGUAACCGCGAUCAGCUCAUGGAUGUUACGUAUUGAAUUUGCACGUAAGGGUAUGACUGGUAAAAAGUUGUCCAUGGAACAAAUAGCGGAUAAAAUAACUCGGGCCUUUGGUAACGACCUGAUCUGCCAUAUUCCGGACGACAACCUCAAGUUGGUGAUGCGUAUUCGAAUCAUGAAUAGCGAUUUGGAAAAAGAUUUCAAAGAAGCGGAUACUACAUCAGACAAAAUGGAAGAUGACACGUUCCUACGCUUUAUCGAGGCCAAUCUUUUGUCAGAUAUCACACUACAAGGUAUUCCGCAAAUCACCAAGGUCUACAUGCAUUUUCCCAAGACACGAGACAAAAUGCGAGUGGUUAUCAAAGAUGACGGUAGUUUUGAUGCUGUAGCCGAAUGGAUGUUAGAGACCGAUGGUACCUGUUUGAUGCGUGUCCUUGCUGAGAGAGAUGUUGAUCCCACUCGAACAGUGAGCAAUGAUAUUGUAGAAAUCUUCGAAGCUCUUGGUAUCGAAGCGGUUCGUAAGGCGAUCGAGUGCGAAAUGCACCACGUGAUCUCGUUUGACGGUUCGUACGUGAAUUAUCGUCAUCUUGCUUUGUUAUGUGACAUUAUGACUGUUAAAGGACAUCUGAUGGCUAUUACGCGACAUGGAUUGAAUCGUCUUGAUACUGGUGCUCUGGCUCGGUGCAGUUUCGAAGAAACCGUGGAUAUUUUGAUGGACGCAGCAACACAUGCCGAGUGUGAUCCUAUGGCCGGAGUUUCCGAGCGGAUUAUGUUAGGACAGUUGGCGAGAAUUGGCACCGGUUGUUUUGACCUAUUAUUGGAUUCGGCCAAAUGUCAAGAAGCCCAACCAAUUCCAUUAUCUGGAGUUAUGGGAAUGGGAUUGUUCAAUGCCCCUGGAUUUGAGGGGCUUUCCGCUUUGGCGUCUCCAGGAAUCGGUUUGGCUUUGGGUGCUGAUGGACUCCCGGUUUUGAGUGGUGAUUGUGGUUAUCACACACCAUGGGACAACGCUCAUUCUCCAGCUGGUUCUUUUGAUGCUUCACCUAGUUAUCGCGGUGGUUUGGGUGGCGCGACAGCACCACACAAUGCCAUGUUUUCCCCAGCAGUUCGCUAUGAUUCAUCUCUCUCACCGGGCCGUAGUCCUCAGUUGGACAGUCCACGCACUCCGGAAGCUUUCUCUCCAGCGACGUAUGCAAAUUUCACCAGUCCAAUGUCAAUCACAGGCACACCGCAAACGGAAUUGGGUUCUCCGGGUUCCAGUCCAGGCCAUUCGGGCAGUUUGAGCAGCGGUUCAUUUGGCUUUGGAGGUGCUACCAGUCUUCGUGCGGAUAUAUUCUCGCCCAUUCACAAACCUUCAUAUGCUGGCACUGGGAGUAGUUCCAGUUUCAGUGCGAGUGGCGAUAGCAAUUCGCCUACCUUUUCUUUGCAACAAUCUUAUGAACCUAUGUCCGUCGGGUACACUCAGCGUUCACCACAUCACCCCAGUUUCUCCGGUUAUGGAAUGCUUUCAAGCGGAUCGUUCGGACCAUCUAGCGAUUCUCCUGAUAGCAUUAAUUAUUCAUACAGUCCACACAGCCCCAUGCCAACUGGUGGUGGAAGCACUACUAGCCGCGAUUUUAUCGGUUGGAGCGCGCUUCCUGGUUCUGAGACACCUGGUGUAUCUCCCAGCUCCCCGUCACCCGGUAUGAGCGCCAGCAGUCUGAGCGGCAGUCGACCCUUGUUCUAUCCCAAUAGCCAGCCGGCAUCUCCAUUAUCAUUCAGUGCCUCUCCAUCGGCUCCGCGAUACAGCCCACCUACGCUAGCAGGUAGCUCUUCUAUGGAAAGCUACUCACCUCAAAUGACUACACCAAGCUCCCCGGGUGGAGCACCCAGCGGUACAUUGGGCGGCCCCAGUCAUUCACCAUUAUCUUAUCCAACCACACCAAAUUAUCCCAUGUCCCGCGGAGUGAGUACCGGUACCGGUACCGGAUUGGGUUCAUCCAGUUUAUUGGCUUACUCUGGCACCGGAUUCUCUGGAUCGACGCUCGGUGCUUCGGCGUACAGCCCAUCAACACUUCAGACCCCGUCCUCACAUUAUUUAAUGACCACACCUCGUCCCGGUUCACCGUCGCCUAGUCCUCGAGAGUACUUCCCUACACCAACCCCCGAUUCUCGUCGUUGA